AUGGUGUCCCUUGAUGCUGCCAAAAGCCUGCUAGCUGGGCCUCUUGACGAUGCGCCCUUGCCCGAGCGCACCCAGACGGCAUACCACCCGCUACACCGCUUCCACCUCGAAAACAGCCGCCAGUACCAGCAGCAGUUUGCCGACAUGUACUUCUUGCGCCUCGCCAAGAUCAAACCGGCCGUCGACAAGGUCGCCACCGAGGCCUUUAGCGACGUCGUCGUCGGCGGCACGCACGCCAAGAAGGUCGAACGUGUGCUGGACGUUCGGCAGGGUGAGCUUUGUUGGGUCUCAGGUACCGUCUACAUGGACAUGCCCUUUAAGCCGAGCAUCCUCGAAGAUGUGUCCAAGGACAAGCUGCUGUCCAAGCCGUCCGCUGUGAAAAAGUACGUCCCCGAGGACGACGACGACGUUCUGGCCGAGGGCCGCGGCAGCGUCGCUAUCAUGCUCGAGGACGACUCGGGCCGCAUCCGCCUCGUCGGCCGGCCGCUCCGUUCUGUGCUCCUCGUGACCGGCUGCAUUAUCGCCGUCAUGGGCACCGAGAACGAAGAUGGCGAACUCGAGGUCAUUGACAUUAUGUUCCCGGACCUACCGCCACAGCCCGAGCGCUGGGAGCUGUCGACGCCAGUGGCAAACGCUACGGGAGAGGAUCCACCGGCAAAACGGCCCAAGGUCGAAGGCAACGCCGGUAAGAACGGCGCCCCUGACGAUGUCGAUAUGGACGGCACAGUUGAGAAUGCAGGGAGCAGGCGUGGCGGCGGGAAGAAGGUUGCGAUUGUGUCUGGCCUCAACUUCUCGGGCCCCCACAGUGCGUCCGCGGUCGAGACAUCACUCCUGCUCGAAUACCUCCUGGGCGAGGCGCUGGCGCCCGAUUCGCAGCAGGAAGUCUCACACAUCAGCCGGUUAAUCAUUGCAGGCAACUCCAUUGCCGCAGCGGAAGACCCGGAGGACCAGAAGGCGGCUGCCCCGGCAGCUACGACAACAACAGGCGACGCGGCCGGCGGUCAAGCACAGCAAAAGAAAUACGGCUAUGACAGCAGCAGCUACAACCCUGUGCCCAGUGCGCUUCUCGACGAGUUUCUGGCCGAACUACUGCCGUCCAUACCCGUGACGCUGAUGCCGGGCACGAACGACCCGGCCAACUCUAGCAUCCCACAGCAGCCCAUCCAUCCGGCCAUGUUCCCGCACGCCCGCUUAUACACAUCGCCCAAGGCACAGACACCGCCUGACUCCGCAGCAUCCCAGACCAGCUGGUUCGACACCGUCACCAACCCCUGGGAGGGCGAGGUCGAGGGCUGGCGCGUCCUCGGCACCAGUGGCCAGACCAUUGACGACAUCCACAAGUACGUUCAGGGCAACGACCGCCUCAGCAUGAUGGAGGCCACCUGUCGCUGGCGCUGCGCCGCACCCACCGCCCCAGACACACUUUGGAGCUACCCGUACCAGGAGGACGACCCGUUUGUCCUCGACACAUGCCCCCACCUCUACUUUGCCGGCUCACAGCCCGCAUUUGGCACCCGCAUCAUCACCGGGACCGACGGUCAGACGGUGCGCCUCGUUGCCGUGCCCGUCUUUUCCGAGACACACGAGGUCGUUCUGCUCGACACGGAAACGUUGGAGGUGACAUGCGUAAAGAUCGAGCGGCAAUAG